UGAGCAGGGACCCUGAUGAGGGGCUUGAUUGCGGGGCUCGAUUAUGGGACUCAAUCCCAGGACCCUGAGAGCAUGACCUGAGCCGAAGGCAGACGCUUAACCGACCGAGCCACCCAGGCGCCCCGUACAGCUUUUUCAGGUGUAGGUUUGUGCGUCGGCCACCACCAUGGUCAAGACCGAUGAGGAUCCCUCAUGUUGCUUUUUUUACAACCACAUCCCGUUCCCCUUCCAGUUCCCUAACCCUUGGCAAUAGAAAUCUGUUCUCCUUUUCUAAAAUGUUGUCAUUGGACAUAAUAUCUUUUUACACACAUGUAAUUACACACUUCUCUAUUAUGUAUACUUUUUCAAAGUGCUCUCGCAUCCUUUAUGACAAUUCGGCAAGGUAGCCAGGGAAGGCUUCCCUGUUUUAGGGCAGUAAACAGGUUCAGAGAGGUUCAAUGAUUUAGUGAAGGUCACAUGUUCAGCAGUACGUCUAGAACUGGCACCCAAGUCUGAUAUCAAUCCUAGACAUUUUCUACCUGACCAGACUGCCUCUUCAUCUGGGAAGACGCGGUCGUUAGAAUCCAGACACUCUAGAACGAGCAAAUGGGAGAAGGUGAGGGCAUGGCGGCCUUACUGAGUAAGGGACAGGUGGGGCCAGGUAGGGAGAGAUAGGGAUCAGGCUUACAAAAAUCCCCAAAAUGUGGAGGUGUAAAGAAGCCAGAGAUAAGGGAACAAACCAGACCACCCUGUCCUAUGUGUCAGAGGUGGGGUCUUGUUAUAACAACUACUGUGACCAACAAAGAAUUACCAGACCCUAAAAAGGAAGUAAGCCAUUGAAGGUGUUAUCACUAGUCUUUACUCAAUGGUGCUAUCAGUAGAGAUGUUAAAAGGAUUUAAGUUCCCUGGUUAGCCUUCAAUUAAAGACCAACCCUAAAAGCCCUCAGUGGCAACCCUGUCAGGACCCCUCUCCUGAGAGCUUUUUCUGUAUCCUCACGCAAUAGAACUCCAUCACUUUACUCACUCUCCUCGGUCGGGGGGAGAUUCAUUCUUUGAUUCUGGGAGACAAGAUGAGACAAGAACCUCGCUCUCCCACUUCAUUGCACCUGAAGCAAAAGGUGAAUGUCUAGAGGUGAGGGGACAGAUGCGGUGACAGGACCCAUCAGCAUUUUCGGCAGUAUGCUUCCUUGACCAGGAGGGUCUCUGACCCCUGACAGUGGGGGACACAGUCAGUGAUAAAGGGCUCUCAGAUCCCCCAGCUUGUUUUAUUCAGGCCUUAAAAGAAAGUGAGGAAUGACUAUCAGGGAGAAAUUCUGGCUCCAGUUGUUUUGUCUUGCAGGCAGAGAGUAGGUUCUAGCCUCAGCAUUUUCAUUAGUGUAGUGUUUUCAUUAAAAUCUCCAUUAACUCGUUUGCGGCAACGAGAUGGAAUCAUCCCUCCCACCAGGCCUGGGCUGAGACGCUUGCAGAAGGGCUCCCUUUCCUUCGGGCAGUACAAACGCUGCUUCCCCGUGAGGAUGUUCAGUUCAGUGGGCAGGUGGGGCUGGGGCCUGGCCCAGGGGAUCUUACCUGGUGGCCCUUUACCUGGGAGGACUAGAACGGCUUCGAUUUGAGCCCUGGGGCCCGGGAGGGAAGGAGGUCCUAGCUAGGGCUAAGACUUCCCUCAUGUAGGUCCUUGUGCCUCUCAGUUCUUCCCCAACAAAGUUUGACGGAGAAGAAGCUGGCACAUGGCUGAAACGCACUCACGAGGUUGGGGGAGGGUGUUCUUCCAGCCCCCCCCCAGGGCCUCCUGCCCCUCCUGAGUACCUGUCAUCAAAAGAGUCGAUGACGAAGCCCCCUCAGCCCCCACACCUCAGGGAGUUGUCAAGUACUCUCCCUCCCACCUGAGUAGGAAGCAGGCGCACAGGCCAGGUUGCGGUUGAGGAAGGCAGAAGUUAACUCGAGCUGAGUUUGCAGCUCUGGAGAGAUGGAGCAGCAGGCUUUUCUCUUGUCACUUUGGAAGGAGAGGAUUGUGAGGCCGCCCCUUGAAAUAGCAUUCCCGUAGGAGGCACAUCACAGCCAUCCGUCACCGCUGCCAAAGCAUCACUUUUGGUCUCUAUCAAACUCAAAGCUUGUUGGGAGGAAUUGUGGGGUUAGGGGAGGGAAGAGGCAGGGUCUCCAAGGGGCAGGGGCAGUUUGGAAGGCCAAAAGGAGAGGAAUGAGGCUGGCAGAAGCAGCCUGGAAAAGGGGGGGUUGGGGCAAGGGGACAGGGAGAGAAAAAUCGUGGUCUUUUGAGCCUAUGGAUGGAGCAGACAUAUCUGGUUUUUAUCCGUGUGGGGCAGGAUAAGGCAGAUGUGGGAUUAAAUUGCCGCAAGGAUGAGGUUGAGGUUAAACACCAGGACUGGUGACUAAAGAAGGAGAAAGGAAGCCGCAGGAUGGAAAAAGCACAAGAAAAAGGUUAGGAGGCUUGGCCCUGGCUUUGUUGCUUGCUCUCUGUGGGGACCACGUCAUUUUUCUGGGCUUAGUUCUCCCACUCGUUAAAUGGAGGGGGUCAGACUAGAUGGACUAUAAAGUAUCUUUCAUGAAUAACUUUUUGUUUUGUUUUGUUUCGGUGAAUUUUCCUUUUCUUAAAAUGGGUUAGGAAUUGGGGGCCUGGGAAAUCAGGGUGGGAUAUGCCACUGUGUUGACAAGACCUGUCGAGAUCCCUCUGGAAGUACGUCUCCCGCCUCUUUUCCACCUCUUUUGUUUAAUACCUACCUAAUUUGGGCAGCUCCUUAGCUCUGAUCCUAAUUUGCAAUUCUUUUGUAGUUUCCAGCCCAUUCUUUUUCAGUUGUUAGGAAGGUGAUUGCUCUCAAGUUUGAGAUCUGGAUUGUGUAGGAGUCUGACUGGGGUCUUGGCUGCCGCUUUGCCUUGGCUGGGACUCUUCCGCAGACGAGGAGGGGGAAAGGGAGAUGGACACAGAAGCUAGAUGGACAGAGACGGGGAGUCCCACACUCUUUCUGCUUUUUCUCCUUCUCUGACUGCCAUCUCCUUCUGCCUGGGUACUUGCUAGGAGCUGGUUCUGCUGAUACCUCUCUGUCCUGCCAGGUCUGAAGGUCUGACCUAACCUAAUUACCUACAAGGCAAUUCUUUUAUGCUGGAAGUCUUCACCCAGCCACUUCACUUCUACUCUUUUCUCCUCCAUUGCCUGCGGGGGGGAGGGAGCCUCACCCCGAUAUUUAGAAUGGAGUAAAUACCUUGUCCUGACCAUCCCUCCUUCCAACCUCCGGAGUCCUUGAAAUUAAAACUCACAUUCAGCGAUUCUGGAUUAGUGGCCUGUUUGGGAUCCAGCAGUUAGUGAAUAUAUCUCUACUUUCUGUUUACAUGGGAUUUUCCCACAGCGCUAAGGUAGGCGGUCAUUAAGGAGGAGAACAAUUCGAAGGGAUCCUGAGGUGCUUCCUGCCAGAAUCCUAGGUAGGAUUCAGCCGGAUGGAAGAGGCUUGCCCUGUUACAAAGUCUUGAAUUUCAGUUCAUUAAUUCUACAAAAUUUUUUUUAAAAAGAUUUUAUGUAUUUAUUUGAGAGAGAAAACACAAGCAGGGGGAGGGGCAGAAGGAGAGGGAGAGGGAAAAGCAGACUCCCUGCCCAGCCCGGAGCCUGACGAGGCUGGGCUAGAUCCCAGGACCGGGGGGCUCCAUCCCAGGCUGGAGGGAUCAUAACCUGAGCCGAAGGCAGGUGCCCAACCUACUAGGCGCCUCUCGUUCUACAAACGUUUUAAGCAGCUACGCUGUAUUGUGCUGGGUCCUUAGCCAUCAGAUUUCUUUUAGAGGAAAGAAGGACCCGCUGCAGGAGGGGCUGAGGUGAGACGCCAGGAACGGUUUCCUGGUUCUAACGGAGUUCUGUACAGAGAUGAUGCGGUCCCGCCUGCUCUGGUGGAUUCUGUCCGGAAAGCUUUAAACUCCCACUGGCCAGGCGGAUGGAUAGAGGCACGGGGUGCGGGGGGGGAGGCCGCAGCUACAGAGACCUAUCAGGACCAUCGAGUCACGGCAACUCGGAGCAGCCCUCGAACUUUGCCCCUCGAAGGCAGGAGCGCAAGGCGGGGGUUCGGUCCGGGACUGGGUUCCGACGGCGGCCGGUUUCCCGCCGCCACAGUGCCCAGCUCCCCCAGGCAGGCUCACCCCGACCCCUCCCUCCCCACACGCGGCGCACAGGCGGCUCGGCACGCGUGGGCGCACGAAGCCCCACGCGCACACACGGAAACUCCGAACGCAGCCCAGGGACGGCCCCGCCGCCCACACGGAGCGCUGCGGCCGCCCGCGCCGGGCACCGUGUAAACACGCGCUCGCAGCCCCCGCGCGGGCCACACGCCGCCGCUCGUCCCGCGCGCCCCGCUGCGUGCGCUCCGGCCUCGGCGCGGCCGUCUGCGUGCGCCCCCGGCAGGCGAGGAGGGGCCGCGAGGAGUGAGAGACGAGCCGGCAGGCCGAGAGGGGAGGGCGCGCAGGGAGGGGGCCGGCCGGGGGAGGAGGAGAGAGCAGGGGAGGCGGCCCCGGCAGCGCGCGGCGGCGGCGGCGGCGCGGAGAGCCCGGACUGGGAGCCAGAGCUCGGCUGGACAGCGCGAGAGCAGGAGCCGCAGCAACUGCAGCGCUGCCAGCUUGGGCCGAGCCCAGAGACACCGGCCUGGCUGGACCGCGCCAGCCGCAGACAGAGGCUGAGCAUGGAGCUGUCCCCCCGCAGCCCUCCCGAGAUGCUGGAGUCGGAUUGCCCGUCACCCCUGGAGCUGAAGUCAGCCCCCAGCAAGAAGAUGUGGAUUAAGCUUCGGUCUCUGUUGCGCUACAUGGUGAAGCAGCUGGAGAACGGGGAAGUAAACAUCGAGGAGCUGAAGAAAAACCUGGAGUACACGGCUUCUCUGCUGGAGGCCGUCUACAUAGACGAGACUCGGCAAAUCUUGGACACGGAGGACGAGCUGCAGGAGCUGCGGUCAGAUGCCGUGCCUUCGGAGGUGCGGGACUGGCUGGCCUCCACCUUCACCCAGCAGGCCCGGGCCAAAGGCCGCCGCGCAGAGGAGAAGCCCAAGUUCCGGAGCAUUGUGCACGCGGUGCAGGCUGGGAUCUUCGUGGAACGGAUGUUCCGGAGAACGUAUACCUCUGUGGGCCCCACCUAUUCCACUGUGGUCCUCAGCUGUCUCAAGAACCUGGACCUCUGGUGCUUCGAUGUCUUUUCCUUGAACCGGGCAGCAGAUGACCACGCCCUGAGGACCAUUGUCUUCGAGUUACUGACUCGGCAUAGCCUCAUCAGCCGCUUUAAGAUUCCCACUGUGUUUUUGAUGACUUUCCUGGAUGCGCUGGAGACAGGCUAUGGGAAGUACAAGAACCCUUACCACAACCAGAUCCACGCAGCUGAUGUUACCCAGACGGUCCAUUGCUUCUUGCUGCGCACGGGGAUGGUGCACUGCCUGUCGGAGAUCGAGGUCUUAGCCAUCAUCUUCGCUGCAGCCAUCCAUGACUAUGAGCACACAGGCACUACCAACAGCUUCCACAUCCAGACCAAGUCAGAAUGCGCCAUCUUGUACAAUGAUCGCUCAGUGCUGGAAAAUCACCACAUCAGCUCUGUCUUCCGGAUGAUGCAGGAUGACGAGAUGAACAUUUUCAUCAACCUCACCAAGGAUGAGUUUGUAGAGCUACGGGCCCUGGUCAUCGAGAUGGUGUUGGCCACGGACAUGUCCUGCCAUUUCCAGCAAGUGAAGUGCAUGAAGACGGCCUUGCAGCAGCUGGAGAGGAUUGACAAGUCCAAGGCCCUGUCUCUACUGCUCCAUGCUGCCGACAUCAGCCACCCAACCAAGCAGUGGUCGGUUCACAGCCGCUGGACCAAGGCCCUCAUGGAGGAGUUCUUCCGUCAGGGUGACAAGGAGGCAGAGCUGGGUCUGCCCUUUUCUCCGCUGUGUGACCGCACUUCCACUCUGGUGGCACAGUCACAGAUUGGUUUCAUCGACUUCAUCGUGGAGCCCACCUUCUCCGUGCUCACUGAUGUGGCUGAGAAGAGUAUGCAGCCCCUGGUGGACGAGGACUCCAAGUCUAAGAACCAGCCCAGUUUCCAGGGGCGCCAGCCUUCUCUGGAUGUGGAAGUGGGAGACCCCAACCCUGAUGUGGUCAGCUUCCGCUCUACCUGGACCAAACACAUUCAGGAGAACAAGCAGAAAUGGAAGGAACGGGCGGCAAGUGGCGUCACCAACCAGUUGUCCAUUGAUGAACUGUCGCCCUGUGAGGAAGAGGCCCUGCCCUCCCCUGCGGAAGACGAACACAACCAGAAUGGGAAUCUGGACUAGCCUGGGGCUGGCCCAGGUCCUCAGUGAGUCCGCAGUGUUCGACGUCAUCAGCACCAUCCAUCGGGACCAGCUCCCCCAUCUGCUCCAAGGGAGCGUGGAGGUUGAGGAACAGACAACACACCCGAAGGCCAAAUGUCAGAGACUGUGGGGUUGGGGGAAGGGCCCCUCCCCACUCGACACCCAUUGGGGCGCACUUUAAUUUCCCAGCAGCAAGUCUGGGGAACUUUAGGCUCCCAGUGGUCACUGUGCCCAUCCCCCUGCCUCUGGACUCCCCGCACCCCUGCGGCCAGAUGGCUGGCUGGGAGAGGGGGGCUUCUUGGAGGCCUCCCAGGGCCCAGGGGGGAGGGUCAGAGAUGCCAGCCCCUGGGCCCUCCCCUAUCCUUUUUGCCUCCAAGUUUCUAAGCAAUACAUUUUGGGGGGUUCCCUCAGCCCCCCCCAGAUCUUAGCUGGCAGGUCUGGAUCCCCCUUUUCCUCCCCUGGGAGGGGCUGGAAUAGGAUAGAAAGCUGGGGGUUUUCAGAGCCCUGUGUGUGGAGAGGGGCAUGGGAGCUUCCUAGGGCCUGGGAGUGCAGGGGUGUUCUCUUUCCCCCAGACCUACACUGCUUCAGGACCAUCCCCAGCCUCCCCCCCCAACCCCGAUCUUCCUCCCCCCUCCCAUUCUGAAACGUCCCCUGGGGGGAAGAGAGGAGGCCUCUCCUGGGUCCGCAAGAACUUGGGAUUGGUCUAGGCCCCUGGGGCUUGUCGCCUACCCUGGCUGUCCUGAGCCCUUUGCCUCCUUCCUCUCCCCAGGGCUGGGAGGCUCCCAUCCGACCAAUGUCUGUAAAGUGCUUUGCGGUCCCCCUAGCAAAGCACCUUCAGGACGCAUCUUCCGAGCACAGGCAGGAGACCAGCUGGCUUGGGGCCAAGGGUGCGUGGGGAGGGUGAGGUAUAAUCCAGUCGUCCUGCAUUGCUGUCAGAGGGCCCCUCCCCUGCCCCCUUCCAGAACCCCCCCAGCUGCAGGGACCAAGAGGCCCCUCCCCUGGGACCAGUGGGGAGUGGUGGGAGGAAAGCAGAUAGGAGGGACUCAGGGCUGCUGCCGUUGUUGUGUCCCCUGAAGGCAGCCCGCCAGGCCCUGUGCCCCUUCUCCUACGGCUCCUUGAGCAGCCUUGUCCCAGGAAAGGCCCAAGUCCAGGUGACUGCCCUCCUCCUACCUUGUAAAUACCAACCAUGCAUUUGUACAGUGGGCCCCAUUUGUGUGAAGUCCAUAUCCAUGGUCUCUUAGACCCGCCACCUUGACACUUGUCCCUCCUACCCCACCCCAAGUGGGGCAGAGACGCAUGUGAUUCACCCCUGCCCUUGGUCUCCCAGAACCCUGCUAUAGCCAGAGAUCAAUAAAGAAGGGAGACCAGGCCUGGCUGUGUUCCGUGUUCGCUGGAUGGAAGUCCACCGAGUAUCUCCAUGUACACUGUCUCUUUCAAGCUCGAAAAAAUCCUGGUGUGGUGUCCUCCCUAUUAUGUCUGUGCGUGGGGAGGCUGGGGCCUGGGGAGGGGAGGUCGUGCCUGAGGGCACGCAGUAGGGAUGGCGGGGGUGGGACUCCUGAGGCACCUCCUUUCUACCAACGUGCUUCUUCAGUAGGGAAGGGCGACUCUCGCCUUCCCUCCUCCCCUCCCCUCUCCACCACCUGGAAAAAUCAAAAGCGGCGGCAGGAGAGUCCUGGCUUGCCGUGGAAGUUUCUUCACCUGUUCUGGGUUUUCGUCUUUUGCCCUGGCCCCUCCGGGUCCGGAUCAGGGAGAGAGCUGAUCUUUCCGGCUCCCAGCCAGGGCCUCUUUGUUAAUAGCCAUUGUGUUCUCAACCCAUCUUUGCUGCCGGGUUGGAACAGGGGUGGUGGUCUCCUCAUUGCCGGAGGAGGGACCACAUCCUGAAGCCUGGGAAUCACUGAGGCUUGGAGGGCGGGCAGGGAGGCAUCCACACAACCCUCUUUCCCGUGGGCCAAGGGCCAGGGCGCAGUCCCCCCUUCUGUCCAGCAGACGGCAGCCGCAGCACAGGCACAGCUGGAGCGGCCUUCCAACUCCAAGUUCCACAGCUGCAGGGCAGCCCUGCCAGGUGCUUGUAUCUUCUCCUCGGUUAGAGAAGAGAACCCAGGCCUUUCCUUCCUUCUUGGUGCCCUGGAAGUUAGUCCUUACACCUGUGUGACCCCCAUCUCUCUUGCCACAGCAAGUAGGGGCAGGGCUGGGGGAGAACUCUCUCCCUCACCCCCUUCUUCAAGGCUCCUGCCCA